UAGCUGAAUGUUGGGUAGAAAUCCUCAGUGAGUUGUUCACUUCCUUUAAAUGUGUCUAGUUAUGUUUUUUGUAGGUUGAAAUCCAGCCUGUGAUAGUAACAACACACGCCUUUAAAUUCAGCUUUAGGUUUGGGUUAUGGGAGGAAGUUAAUGUGGUUUAACAAAAUGUGAAACUUCAUUAAAUUAUAGGAUUGCUUCAUGUACAACAUAUAUGCCGAAUUAAAGUCAGCCUGUUUUAGAUGAAGAAUAUCGUUUUUGUAGCAGUUAUGGGGGAAUAUGCUUUAUUUAGAUGUAAGAAUAAAUAAAAUUACCUAAAGUUUGGUAAAAGAUUCAUUCCUCAAUAGAAAACAGAGCCAGAUCAUGUCAGGAUCAGUUUCUGCUGCUUUACAGUGAAUCUUGAAACCAAAUAUUUUUAUACAAUGGCUUACAGAAGAGCCAUAAACCUCCUUCCUAGAGGAAAGGAGUGUGUCUUUAGUAUGUUGAUGCCUCCACGUUCACCAAAUUUCAUCAUUGGGCCUGUUAGGGUUCAUAAACUCUUAAAUAGCCGCUGUUGGGGAACAACGAGGACUCUUCACACUGGUUCACGACUGAUGGUGGCCAAGUUACUGUCGCUGGAUGAACUGUUUGUCAAGAGGUCCCUGCAAGACUACCUGAAGAAGAUGGAGACAGAGUAUAGUGAAUGUUUGAACAUUGUCAACAGCACCGGGACGGAGGAGGAGCAGGGGUGCAGUGAGGAGGAGAUGAGGGCCAAGAGGACCAAAGUGUCUCAGCUGGCUCCACUCAUCCAGAGCAUCAAGGAGUUGGACACCAAACAGAAAGAAAUAGCUGAGACUGAGACGCUCCUGAAAGAUGAAGAUCCAGGUCUGCGAGAAUUGGCUGAGCUGGAGAGGGAAGGCUGUGUGCAAGAUAUCCAGGACCUGAGACAGAAAAUCCUGGAGCUGUUGAUCCCUGAGGAGGACGAGGCAGAUCUGAGUGACGUCGUGCUGGAGGUCACAGCCGGUGUUGGGGGUCAGGAGGCCAUGCUGUUCACUGCUGAGUUGUUUGACAUGUAUCAUGGCUUCGCUCAGCACCACGGCUGGUCCUUUGACAUCUUGGAGCACAUGACCAGCGAGUUAGGUGGUCUGCGUCACGCCUCGGCCAGCAUCAGCGGCCCUCAGAGUUACAAGACGAUGAAGUUUGAGGGCGGAGUGCAUCGUGUCCAGAGGGUCCCCAAGACUGAAAAACAGGGCCGCAUGCACACCAGCACCAUGACUGUGGCUGUACUGCCCCAACCAACAGAGAUCUCCUUCACAAUAAACCCAAAGGACCUGAGGAUCGACACCAUGAGGGCGAGCGGAGCUGGAGGUCAACACGUCAACACCACAGACAGCGCAGUCAGAAUAGUCCAUCUGCCUACAGGCACCGUUGCAGAGUGCCAGCAGGAACGUUCCCAGAUGAAGAACAAGGACAAAGCCAUGAAAGCUCUAAGAGCCAAACUGUACAGCAAAAAGCUGGAGGAGGAGACCAGCAAACGCUACAACCAGCGUAAAGUACAGAUCGGUAACAAAGGCAGAUCGGAGAAGAUCCGAACCUACAACUUUGCCCAGGACCGGAUAACAGACCACCGCAUCGGCAUGACGGUGCACGAUGUUAAGAGCUUCCUGCUGGGAGAGGAUCUGCUGGAUGAGAUGAACUCCUCGCUGCAGGAAUUCUCUGACCAGGAAGCGCUUUUGGAACUGCUGGGAGAAAAUGAGGAGGGCUCAUGAGUUUGACUGUGAUGAAAAUGGAUUUUGUUGUAAUGGAAAAUUCUCGCUACAUGAGAAAAAGGACCAUGAUGGAUUAUAAGGGACUCAAGUCUUAAUGGGUCCGCCCUUCCAGAGUUUGAAUUAUGUUGAUCUCAGAGAUACAAUAUUUAGGUCUGUACACGUGGUCAGGAGUGAAAAAGCAAUGUCAGCACAAACUUAUGAGUGGCAAAUAAAGUGACUCAUCUAUGGAGUGAUCAUAAACGUUUGUAUUUGAUCUCGAGCAGUAAAAAUCAUGACUCAUUAAUAAUACCAACACCAGA